UUUUUUAGACGUUAUAAAGACCUUCGUUCACUUCUCUCGCCUCGUUAUACAUCAAUUAAUGGAAAUUCUCGUUUACUUUUAAUGCUUCAAUUAUCUAGAAGAUGGGUUUCUUCUAUCGAAAAUAUUUCAAAGGUUUUGCAUCAAACAAAAAAUUCUUUAAUUAGAGCACUUUGUGCAAUUCAUUCUGAUAUUUUUGAAGAAAAAAAUGUUACAUUUUUGUGGAGUUAUGUUAGAGUUAUGGAAGCUUUUGAAAUGUCUAUUGUUGAUUUGGAAACUGUGUCAGCAGACAAAACUCCAAAUUCAAAUUUAAUUUUAUUUAUUCUUCUUGGACUAAACAAACGUUUAAAUGUUUUGAAAGAUUCUACAAAGCAUUUAAAAAAUUGUGAUUUUGAAACGUUAAAAUCUUUGGCUAAUUUUGCUUUAAAUAAAUUGGAAAAAGAUUUUAAAACUUAUAUUGAUAAAAGAAUGGCUCUAUGUGCUCUUUAUUGUGAUCCAAUGGGGUUAAAUCAUAUUGGAGAUUUGUCUGAUUUUUGUACAAUGGAGGAGGUCAAGAGUGUUGUUUUGGUUGAAUUGGAACAUUUAUUAGAAAAUUCAAAUUUACCAACCUCCCAAACAUCAAUAUCAUUAGAUGGUGUGACAGAAAAUAAUAAUAAAAAUGGACAACAACAAAAUAAUUCUUCCUCUUCUCCUUGGUUAAGUUACACAGAAGAAGCACAACAUUAUGAACAAUUAACGAUUGAAGAAAUUUUCGAAACACUUGAAAUUAAUGGUGUUGCGGGGAUUAAAAGAGAUCCGAAAAAAUAUAAUCCGUUGGAAUUUUGGAAUGUUUAUGAAGAGAUAUAUCCAUCAAUUGCUCGUUUAGCAAAAAAAUCAUUUGCCACAAAUGCAACAUUAACUGGGGCUGAACAAAUUUCACGUCAAUUAGCUCCAUUAGCUUCUUCCUUAUCAUUUCAAUUUAAAAGUGGAGAAUUAAUAUCUAGAAUGAUUAGAAUUCAUUCAAUUUAUAAAAAUAAAGAAAGUUUAAAACCAAUAAAAAAUAAAAUGUUAAUUUUUGAAAAUUUGAGAAAAAGGCCGCCACCACAGCCACAACAGAAACAGCCCCAGCAACAACAACAAAAGCAACAAAACUCUGUUGAACAACAAAAGAAAAAAGAUAAAAAUAUAGAAAUUACAAGAAAAAGAGUAGCAAAUUUUGAAAGAGAAGAAGAGGAGGAAGACGAGGAAGUUGAAGAAGAAGAGAUUGAACAAGAAAAAGCGUGCCCGCACAAAAUACCGAAUUCUCAAAAUCGCGAAUAG